AUGCCACCAAAAAAGGUUCAAGAACCGGAACGGCGGCCUCUUAUCGGUAGAGUUGGUACAAAUUUAAAGGUUGGCAUCGUCGGUGUACCAAAUGUAGGAAAAUCCACCUUCUUCAACGUGCUGACCAAGAGUUCGGCGGCCGCAGAAAAUUUUCCGUUUUGCACCAUCGACCCAAAUGAAAAUAAGGUACCAGUUCCUGAUGAGAGGUUCGAUUAUCUAUGCGAAUACUUCAAACCACUCAGUAAAGUUCCAGCAUUUCUGAACGUCGUUGAUAUCGCUGGUUUGGUGAAAGGAGCUUCAGAAGGUCAAGGAUUGGGCAAUGCUUUUCUUUCUCACAUCAGUGCUUGUGACGCCAUAUUUCAUCUGUGUAGAGCAUUUGAAGAUGACGAUGUUACACAUGUAGAAGGAGAGGUAAAUCCUGUUCGAGAUUUGGACAUCAUUGGUGAAGAACUUCGGCUAAAAGAUGAGGAAACGCUGCUGAAAAAUUUGGACAAACUAGAAAAGUCAGUCGGCAGAGGUCUCGACAAAAAAGUGAAACCAGAAUUAGACUCGAUGAUGAAGAUUAAGCAAGUUUUGAUGGAGGAGAAGAAACAUAUUCGAUUUGCUGAUUGGGAUGCGAAAGAUAUUGAAGUUCUCAACAAAUAUUUAUUUUUGACAUCCAAACCAGCCAUGUACCUAGUCAACCUUUCCGAAAAAGACUAUAUCAAGAAGAAGAACAAAUGGUUAAUUAAAAUCAAGGAGUGGGUUGACAAAAACGAUCCCGGUUCUAUCAUCAUACCCUUUUCUGGCGCUUUUGAACACAAAUUGUUGGAGGAAUUUGAAGACCCAGUGCUUAGAAAGAAGUAUUUCGAAGACAACAGUACUGGCAGCGCUCUAGACAAAAUCAUUGUUCAAGGAUACAAGACAUUACAGUUGGAGUACUUUUUUACAGCAGGACCGGAUGAAGUUAAGGCUUGGACUAUUCUGAAAGGAACAAAAGCACCUCAAGCUGCAGGCCGCAUCCAUACCGACUUCGAGAAAGGUUUCAUAAUGGCUGAAGUCAUGAAGUUCCAAGAUUUCAAAGAAGAGGGCAGUGAGUCUGCGUGCAAAGCCGCUGGUAAAUACAGACAACAAGGCAGAAAUUACGUGGUAGAAGAUGGUGACAUAAUUUUCUUCAAAUUCAACGCCGGUGCAGGAUUACAGGCUAAGAAAAAAUGA